AUGCUGCGCAGGCUCGCUCUAUCGAACGGCGCUGCUGCUUCUGCUGCUGUUGUGCCUCUCGCCGACUCUCUCUCUCUGCGCUGGUGCAGCAGCUUGACAAGUGACCAGCUCAGCGCAGCUGGCGCUGGCCUGUUCACUUCUAGGAUUGAAAAGACGCUUCGCGAGAAGGUGUUUUCAGAGGACUUUGCUGUCAUGAAAACCGUCACGCCGAAGGAGGCCGAGCUACUGAAGAAGUGGCGCGCUGGUGACGGCACGCCGGAGCAGUCCUCGCACCAACGGAAGUCUCCCGGUACGGCUGACCCAUCUGAUGUAGAGCCGCAGGUUGCAGAGGGCGCUCGGACUGUGACGGUGUCGAACGGGCAGACGUUCCACGACUCCCGUUCUGUCAACCCCAAUGAGAGUGUAGAGAGCAAGCGCCGUCGGCUCAUUUACCAGUCGCGGUACCGCGGUAUGGUGGAGAUGGACCUCAUCUUUGGCCACUUUGCCCGGUGUAAGCUGGAAACCCUCGACGCCGCCAUGCUGAACGAGUACGACAUCCUCCUGAAGCAGCUGGACAGUGAGCUGUUUUGCUGGCUGGUCAUGGGCGUGGAUGCACCAGAGGAGGUGUCGAAGCUGCGCUGCUUUGAUGAGCUGCGUCGCUUCAUCAAUGAGGAGCGUGCAGAGCUGCUGGUGCCCAACUGA